AGCCCCUCCCAUCAUAGGUUACCUUCCUUUUGAAGUCCUUGGUACAUCAGGUUAUGACUACUACCACGUAGACGACCUGGAGACUCUGGCCAAAUGCCACGAACACUUAAUGCAAUAUGGCAAAGGAAAGUCCUGCUAUUAUAGGUUCCUCACCAAAGGGCAACAGUGGAUUUGGCUGCAGACUCACUACUACAUCACUUAUCACCAGUGGAACUCCAGACCAGAGUUUAUUGUCUGCACACACACUGUUGUGAGUUAUGCAGCUGUAAGGACAGAGAACCGCAGAGAGCUAGGAAUCGAAGAAUUGCCGCCUAAGACCACAGCUGAAAAAAAACCCCAGGAUUUAGGCCCAGAGUCCCAACUCAACGCUUCCAGUCUAAAGGAGGCUUCAGAGAGCUUCAGUCACAGCCGGACCCCCUCAGCCUCAUCCCACAGCUCGCGCAAAUCCCACCACACCAAUGUGUCUGACCCUGCCUCAUCUCACGGGAAGCUUCAGGGAGAAAGAAGCACACUAACUCGACAGGCCUCUUCUGCCAUGGAGAUGACAUCAGAGCGCUGGGCUAAAGUCAGCAGUCAGCCACAACAGCAGGCUCAACAACAGCAACAGCUCCAAACCAGUCAGCAGAUGCAAUUUUCAAGAGAGGUGGAGGUGAUGCAGCACCUGAAAGACCAGCUGGAACACAGGACAAGGAUGAUUGAGGCCAACAUUCAGAGGCAGCAGGACGAGCUGCGGCAGAUUCAAGAUGAGCUGCAGCGGGUGCAGGGACAGGGUCUGCAGGUGGAAGCCGUGCAGGAACAUAUGUUGCUACAGAAAGGAACUGGAGGGCAAAGCCUGGUCUCUGUACAGAGUAGCCAAGGGAACAAUGGACAGCAGGCAGGCUUUCUAAGCGUGCAGAGCCAGGUGGUCUCUGCAGGACCGCUGCACAACAACAUGCAGCAACAAACUGUUCAGCCUCAGCAGCAGAGCGCAGCAAUCCCACAGGCCCAACAGAACCCUCUUCCUGCACCUUACUACAACACAGUGAUGAUCCCCCAGCAAAAUUCUGCCAAUGUGGUCCAGAUUGCUGCCAGUCUGCCACAGAAUACUGGAACCAAUACCCCCACUCUUGCAACAUUUGCACAGGACUGUGCAGCUCAGAUAAGGCUUCCCACAAGCCCUCAGCUGCUGACCAAACUGGUUACGGGACAGAUGGCGUGCGGGGCUGUCAUGGUUCCUACGCCCAUGUUUAUGGGUCAGGUGGUGACGGCCUUUUCUCCUCAGCAGGGUCAGGCACAGUCCCUCAGCCUUUCUCAGCAGCAGGAGCAGCAGGUACAGCAGCAGUCUCAGGUUUCUGCCAUGCAGGCGGGACAAGCUCAGCUGAUGCAGCAGCAACCCAGAUUCCUGCAGGCGUCUCAGCUCCUCCAUGGAAACCAGUCCACCCAGCUGAUCCUCCAGGCUGCGUUCCCUUUGCAGCAGCAGAGCAACCUUGGUGCUGCUGCCCAGCAGCAACAAUUUCAGCUGCAGCAGCAACACAUGGGGCCCCACAGCUCAGAUGGUCUGUCUGACCGCUCCACCAUGCAGCCGCAGUAGCUGUCUGAAGCCGGCCACACAAGGAACAUCGCAGGCGUGAGCGUCUCUGCUGCAAAUAGGAGCUCUUCACGAAGAGUAGCAGGAGAAGUGAUGAGAUGGGCGGGCCCGCCUCUCACAGGGAUCUUCUGAUGCUCUCCUUAACCCUUGUGCUAUCUUAGAUGACCCCCCCCCCCCCCCCUUCCAUUGACGUGUUCUCCCUACCAUGACAAAGGUGGA